AGAAGAAAGACAGGAAAAGGCGUAUAAUGUUAAAAUUGAAAACAGAAAUGGCGCGGGUAUGAACGACGCUGUUAAAACCUAACUGUGAAAAUGUAACAACUCACCAGCUGCUUAUGUCCUCGAACUUGGACAGAAGAUUUUCGGAACACCAAAAUAUGGGCGUCGUGAAGCAAAAACAAAGUAUGUGGACGGAUGAUGCUAACUAGCGCUAACGCUGUGUUUUAGCACUUUCCUCAACGUUUGCGAACUGCCAGUUGAGAUUUAGUUUUGUAUUUGCCAAAACCGUAUUAAGCUACCGCCGAGGUAUUGGUGGUCUUUUAAAAUGUGCAAUGAACACUGUGACCAAUUCCCUGUACACCUGGUUCUAAUCGCUUUCAAAUGAGCAGCUGCUAGAGAGGUGUUUACAAAAAAAAGAAACCAGUGACACUCACGGCGAGGACGUAAACGAUGUCCGUCAAUGGGAAAGUCAUCCCGCACACCCCGCUGGCCGUAGACUUCUGGCAGGUCCGGAAAUGUCCAGGUACCCGGCUGUUCUUCCUGUCCCACAUGCACAGCGACCACACGGUGGGUCUGACCUCCACCUGGAGCAACCGGCCCAUCUACUGCUCACCCACCACUGCCACUCUGCUCAGACUCAGACUACAGGUAAAGGAGCAGUGGAUCCAUCCUCUGGAACUGGGUGAACCAAACAUGCUUCCGCUGGACGACAUCGGCAAGGAGAGGCUCACGGUCACAUUGAUCGAUGCUAAUCACUGUCCGGGCAGCGUCAUGUUUCUGUUUGAAGGCUACUUUGGCUCUAUUCUGUACACUGGUGACUUUAGAUACACUCCUUCAAUGCUGCGUGAGCCAUGCUUGAGGAACAACACCACUAUAGACGUCCUGUACCUGGACAACACCAACUGUGAUCCCAACCGCACCCUGCCAUCCAGACAGAAAGCCACUCAGCAGAUCAAAGAGAUCAUCCGCAGACACCCCGACCACUGUGUUGUUAUAGGCCUGUAUACACUGGGUAAGGAGUCCCUGCUGUUGGAGCUGGCGAUGGAGUUCAAAACCUGGGUUGAGGUGAGCAUUGAGAGGAUGGAGACCCUUAAAAUUCUCGAGCUGCCUGACGUCUUCACUACUGAACCAGGAGCCGGUCGUAUCCGAGUGGUGGAGCAGUCAGAGAUUUCCUCUGCCACUUUGAACCAGUGGAACACAGAACAGCCCACUGUGGCCAUCUUGCCUACCAGUAGGCCCCUGGUUUCUUUCCACCCCAACGUCUACGUGGUGCCCUAUUCAGACCAUUCCUCCUACCAAGAGCUCGAGGAUUUUGUCUCUGCACUUAAACCUGACUCCCUGAUACCCAUUGUAGGAAAAUGUGUACCCGGAGGUCUCUCUGCCUUAUUGCCGAGCAAAAAACGCCAUGAAAUCCUGGUUCCUGAGUCAGUGCAACACUACAUGUUGAGAAUGCCUAAGAAUCAGCUUAGCUCAUCAGUGUACACAAGUCUUCGGCGCAGACAACUCCAUCCUCUUGCCCCCAAAGGAGUGGUAUUUGAGUCUCCUGCACAGGGAUCCAGAACAUCAUGUGAAGAAGAAUCUGAGUCAGAGUACCUGGAACAAGACGUAUCCGAGGAAGAGAUGGACACAGAAAGUAGUGAAAGGGACUCUGACUGUAUUCUUGUGGACACAAGCAAAGGACUCACGCCUGACAAAAAUAGAAGAGGGGCUGGAGGCAUGUGGAAGCUCAGCAUUGUGCAGACAGUCUCUGAGGAAGUGGUGAUGGCAGAGUCGGUGCAACUCACCCAGAAUAACUGUGCUCCAGUGGAGAUCCUGACAAACACCAAGAUCUGCUCAAAGCCUGUCAGAACCCCUAAAAGGCCUCCAGAAACCAGUGCCACAACAAUCAGACAUCAACGUAGUGGAUAUGGAACCGUUCAGGACGAGUGCACAUUAUCAGAUGAGGAAAGCACAACUGAUCAGAACGAAAGCUCUGAUAACGAUUCCUGCGUGUCAUUCAGCACCAUGACCGAGCUGCAGCGUGAGUACGUAGAGGAGCUGGAAAACAAACUUUUAAAGAAUCUCCCCUUCUCAGAGGACGACUUUAAGGCCUGUGUCCUCCUGCAGAAGGGCUUUGUGUAACGGUUUACCCUUUCACCUUACGUCGUACACGUACAUCUCAGACAAAUAAUGUGAUUUGAUCUAAAAGAUGAGCUUUUGCCUUUCAAAGGUUUUUGUCUUUUUCUGUGUGUAAGCACUUUAAAGCGUUAUUUUCUCAUUAGUGUCUUGUCGUUUUCCUUUAAGUGCUUCCAUUUCUUUCUUGUUGGACUGUACUUUACGAAAAGGCUUGUGAUUAUUGGACCGAUGAAUGACUGACUAACCUUUUGGUUAAGCCACGUUGCCUCUUAGUAUUAAUUAAAAAUAUAUAAAAUUUAAAAAACAAUGUAUUUGUAAAUUAUUAUUGACCCAUGGACUAGUGAUGAGGUUUUCAUGAGGCAGCUUUCACUGAUCAGUCAUUGAUGUUUGGAAAGUCACAUUUAGGGUUUUUCUUCACCAGCCUGGAUUGGUCACUUUUAGCUGCACGAACCUAUAACGACGUGCAUUUCCUUCACGGUCUCAGAGCAGGGGACAGACACGCUGCAUUAAUGUUUGGUAGGAGGAUGGACAGACAGCCAACUCGUGUAGCUCACAUUCUCUGUCUUUGUACCCUAACCAGUACGUCUCUCUCUCUCCAUGUUCGCAGGAGUUUUGUAGUUUCUCACUGAAUUUCUGUGCUUUGAAGCUUAGUUUCAUUCCUGUGUCUUUGCUUAUAUACUCAGACAUCUGCCUUGUUUUUCUUCAUCAAGUUUGUGGAUGUUAGUGGCACAAUUCAGUGUUACUUUUUGUUACAGUGGACGAACCUUAAAAGCACAAACGUGUAUUUGUUUCGCGUUUUGAAAAGAAAUGAGUAUGGUGGUUUCUCUUUCAGACUGGAUUGUCUUAAAGUAAUGACUUUUGUAUAGUUUUGUAUUUGUCAACAUUUUUUCCUUUUGUAUGUUUUCACUCUGUGAAUAACGGCCUUUUGAGUUAUAUUUGGACAUUUUCAGAACUGGUGUCUUUUAAUGGGAAUAGUAAUGUAAAAGAUCAGUAGUAUCAUCUGUACCUGGACUGUGAUCCCACUUUCUUUGUGUUAUUUGUGUUUUCCCUUUUUGGAACUAUGUGAUACACUGAGAACUUAAAUAAAAUACUGAAUAUAAUCUAGACUCA